AUGUUGCGAAGAAAGAAGCUUCAGGCAUCACCAAUGGGGAAGUGUGCGCAGCACGGCAUAGCUACGGAUGAAUUCCAAUUUGCAAAUGAUGCUGUUUUGAAAGGCGUACCUAGGCAGUCGUACAAGCCGAUUGAAUUCAUCGAAAAAGUUUGUCUGAAAUCAGCAAAGGCGAAAAAUUUCUUGAAAGAUAUGCAUAUGCAAGUCAACUCAUAUCCAGCAUCGUUUGAUGAUUUCUUGGAGAAUCCAAGCCUCAAUCGCUUCCCGAACGUUAUAUGCCUUGAUCGAUCCAGAGUCAAAGUCAGCAAAACAUACGGGAUGGGAGACUACUGCCAUGCCAGUUAUGUGGACUCUUACGACGAAAAAAAUGGAUAUGUGCUUUCCCAAGCCCCCUUCUCCAUCGAGACGGAGGAACUGUUCUGGCGAAUGGUGAUCGACUUAAAUCCGAAAAUCAUACUCGUGCUAGGAUCUUUAGCGAACGCUAAUGGACCAGUGAUGCGGAGGUUUUGGCCUGAAGCAAACGAAAAAUCGUACUCGAAUAAAGUCAAAAUAGUUCUCGUGAACGCGGUAAAGAUUGGUAAUCUGGAAGUUCUGCAAGUGAUGAUUUCCAUCGAUACUAAAGAACUGAUGCGUGUACCACUUGUGAAUUAUAAAGCGUGGCAAUCGGACAUACCAGUUCCAGAUCUCGGAGAAUUCAGGCAGAAUGUGAAAGAAAUCGAAGCUAAAGUGGGAAGAGCUGGAACCACAGUGUUAGUUUGUCCCAGUGGAGCCACAAGAUGUGGUACUUAUGCAGCUGUUGACAUUAUUCUCAGCCGGAUAUCGAAGGAGAAGAGGGUCGGCGUCAAGGAGACAAUAGAGAUCAUACUUGGGCAGCGAUACGGUUGUUUCCAACUCAUUGAACACUACAAAACUAUCCAUGAUAUCGCACACAGGUACUGCAUUCUGUCGGGCAUGCCUGGAAUCGCCCGCAUAUUUCGACAUAAAUCUGCCGACGCUAUCGAUAAAUCAGACCACCACAACAGCGGUUUGCAGUGA